CUAGCACUAUACCUACACAGCCUCAACCGCAGCAUGCAUGCAUACACACCCUUGUGCUUAUUUUUGGCAUUUGAGCCCGCGCCUGCGGGCAGCAGCCUAGCAUAUCAAGGGCCAAGGAUAACCCUGUAGUACCUAGUCCGCGAGGGGGAAGCGGCCGUUGCGCAGCCGCGAUCCACAACAGAAAUGCAAUUGUAUGUUGAGAGUGUCUUUGGUACUUAUGAGCUCCUUGAGCGCAUAAUCCUGCAGCUGGAUCAUAUCAAUGAAAUAGUCCGAGCGCAGCUGGUUUGUCGCAACUGGAGAGACGUCGUUCAAGAUUCUCCGGCGCUCCAGCAGGCUUGCUGGUAUCGACCGCACGGCGGGGACGCUCGCGAGCAACAAGCCGGUCGGGAUACAUGGAAACUGAAUCCUGUGUUUAACUCAUUGGGAGUCUCAGUGGGCAUUCGCCCAUGGCUUCCGCCGCCCGCGCAAGAGCAAGGGGAUUUCGAUUUGGAGAAGCGCAUCUACGACAGACCGGGAUCAUGGACUACUAUGCUAGCCACACAGCCCCCCAGCCAGCGAAUACAGGUUGAAUGUUACGGCAACUAUUCCGGGGACGAGACAAUGUCCUAUGUCCUCGAAUCCAUGACAGGCUGCCUCCUUUUGGGCGACGUCAUGGCCGUACUAGCAGAGGGCCAAAAUCGGCAAGAAUGCGGUGUAGAUCGUUACGCUGGUGUUAGGCAAUAUAAAGGUCGCUUGUUUCCAGUGACACAGACGGACGAGAAGGGCCCCGACUGGCAGCCCAUACUAGAGGAAAUGGCGGAUGAUGUUUCCAUUAAGGUUGCAGUCGACCAGGCCUGGGGUUCGGGUACCUAUCCUGCAUUCUCACUUCGACGUGUCUAUCUGCACGCAGAGCCUGAUGCAUGCCCUGCCAGCUACAGGAGCUUUCUACAUGAACUGAUAGUACAUAGGAUGAUAUACUAUGGGACUGAAUAUAGCUGGGACUGGGCACACAAUGGUGGUAAUAGGUGGGGCUGGGAAAACCAUGGUGGUAAUAAAAAGCAAUGCGUGUGCAAAACAGGGGAGUAUGAGGCAAAUCUGCUAGGUGUGAAGAGCUACCAAGAGGGAUACCUAGCAGAGUGCAGCCAUCUUUUCCGCUUGCUAUCUGACGUCUAAAGCAUGGUGGUAGUUGGAAAGAAUAUAAAUAGCCUCCUCUCCACUGCUUUUUGCCUUUCGAAAAUCCUCGUUCUUCAAGAUGGAAGAAAACUUUUUUGGGCAUGAGAAUGGCCAUGUGGCUG